AUGAAAAGGACCAAUAAAGCCAACAAAAAAGACAAGCUAAAAUUCAAAAACGAAAAGUCCUAUGAGGAGGAGGACUAUGAUGAAGAGGAAGAUGGCUCAUAUGAAGAAGAGAAGGAUGAUAGGAAAUCUAAACUCUAGAAAAGAGGCAUGAAGGCUAAAGGUGAUAAAAGAGAUAGAAAGAGAUAGAGAAAGGGAAUCUCAAAUUUUCUGGAUGAUCAGGCCGAAGAGGCUAGUGAUGAUGUCGAUGAGGAUGAUGAUAAUGAUGAGGAGGGAGAGAGAAUUCACAAAAGCAUUCACCACGAUGCACAAUAUUAUACUGAGAACCAAUUGAAAUAGAGGACACAUGGUCUGGACAGAAACUUCAUAGACAGCAUGGCUGAAAGAUAUAGAGAUGUGGAUGAAGAUGACGAUGAGAUGGACGAUGAAAUCAUGGAUGACCAAGAAUACGAGGGAAGAGAUGGGCUUGAAGACAAAUCAAGGUUGCCCUCCGUUGAUGACCCAAGACUUUGGCAAGUAAGAGUCAAGAGAGGCUGUGAGAAGCAGGCAACAAUGCAACUUAUGAAUAAAAGUAUCACUUAUGCUAAAUAAGGAAGACAUCUCUCCAUUCUUUCAGUCACCUGCACUGAUAAAGUGGAGGGUUUUAUCUACGUUGAAGCUUUCAAAGAGAUUCAUGUGAGAGAAGCUAUCACUGGAUUGUCAACAAUUUUAGGAGGAAAGUGUCUCUUAGUGACUAAGGAAGAGAUGCCAGGAAUUUAUCUAAAUGACAAACCUCAAAUCGAUAUACAGCAAUACCAAUGGGUUAGAAUUAAGCAAGGCCUCUAUAUGGGUGAUCUAGCAUUGGUCGAAGUAGUAAUGGAAGAUAAAGUCUACCUAAGGCUAAUUCCAAGAAUAGAUUUUAGCAAGGAUCAAAAUAAAAACCGGGACAAUGAUAAGAAAAAGAACAGAUUCUCUAGUUUUAGAUUCCCUUAGAGAUUGUUCAACAAAAAUUUAGUCGAUCUUAGAUAUGUGACUACUGGUAUCGAGAAAAAAUAGAUAUUUGAAAACAAAACCUUCGACUCCUACAAGAAUCAGCUAUUCAGAAAUGGCUUCUUAAUUAAGGCAUUCCCUCUUAAGCAACUGCAGUUAGAUAAUGUGCGUCCCACUGUUGAGGAGGUUUAAAAUUUCGCCAAUAAUAUGACUUAGAUUAGAGACGAUGACGACAAUGAAAUAACCGGAGAAGAACUUAUUAAAAUGACAUUUCUGAUGAAUAAUAACUCUGAUGUGCAGAAAGGCGAUAAGAUUAGAGUAAUCAAGGGAGAUUUGAAUGGACUCUACGGGACUGUGGUUACUAUAGAGAAUGGCGAUGUGGUGUUCAAGCCUAGUAUGGAGAACUUCGACGACAAUUUAAAGCUAAACAUCGAGUACGUAGUAAAGUACUUUGAGCCAGGCGACCAAGUUAAAGUGAUCGAUGGAAAGUUCAAGGGCGAGACGGGCAUAGUAGUCUCACUUGAUAAUAAAUUUGCAAACUUAGCUCUGACCUAAAAUGGCAGAGAGAUUAGGAUCUUGGCUAAUCACCUAAAGUUGAAGUCAGAGAUCGACCAGAGUUUGUUGGCUUGUGGCUAUGUAGAUAAAAAGAAGACGAAUGAGUAUUCAGCUAAUGACCUCAUCAUGUAUAGCAAUAAAUAUGUCGGAGUAGUCCUCAAAGUAGAAGAUGACUAUGUGAGAGUAAUCAACAACGAAGGAGACCUCCAAAACAUCAAGUUAUUAGAUAUCAAUAAGAAAUUCGACAUGGCUAAGAAAGGAUCAACUGUUGACUCACAUAGAAACACUUUGCACUCAGAUGACGUUGUCAAGAUCACUUCUGGUCAUAAUAAAGGCAGGAAAGGUGUCGUCAAAUUUAUCUAUAAAACUACUCUAUUCUUAUGGGACAAGGAAUUCUAUCAAUCAAAUGGUAUUUUUGUCGAAAAUAGCAGGAAUGUGGUUAUUCUAGGAGACGAGCACUUAAAGCCUAACCAAGCUGGAGUGGCUGUCAACCGUAGAUUCAGAGAUCCACUUAUUGGCAAAGAUGUAGAAAUCACCAAGGGUGAGUGGAAAGGCUACAGAGGACGUGUUUGCAGAGCUGACGAUAGAUAGGCUAUUGUUGAACUCAGUUCUAAGUGCAAGCAAAUUGCUAUUGAGAGAACUCUGGUAGUUGAAAUCGAGAGAGGGAACAAAAAUAAUACUAGAAAUGGCAUGGAUAACAACUACGGUGGUGCUACUGUCUACGAAGGCGGUAAGACACCCAUGCAGUACAAUACACCUUCAUACUAUCCACAUAGUCCACAUUGGGGUGCAGCGAACUAAUCGCCAGGCCAUGGAACUGAUUAUGACUAUAACAAUCCAGGCACACCAUAUAGUAGACCUCAAAGUGAACAUUAUCAGAAGCCUAUGACUCCAAGAGGUGGGUAUGGAGACCACUGGGUAAAAAAUGAAUGA